AUGGACGUCGAGAGCGAAGCACUUUGGAAAAGCAUGGGAGGACAAGAACUUGAAGAAAGCCUAUGCUCUAAUAAUGCAACAUACAGGCAAAACGAAGAGAUGUUCGCCUGGAGCCGUCUCGUGGAGGCAAACUUGCCAAUUUGGAGAGAACAUUUGAACAACUUCCUGAACCGGCAAGCUUCUUCAGUCCCUGAACUCGAGCAUGUCCAACGACCUAUGUACACUACGGUCAGUGAGAGACUAGCGACCGAGUCGUAUGCUUUGGUCUGUAUCCAAAAAAUGAAGAAUGGAAAAUCUGGUGAAGACGAUGGAAUUAGCACAGAAAUGCUGAAAUCUCCAUCCCUCAUGAAUAUGAAUUGA